CUGUCCCAGCCGCACAGUCGGAUUGUCAAUCAGCACCCCGAGUCCCGCCCCAAUCCUCACUGGGCCCCGCCCCCCGUCAGCCGGUCGGGAUCCGAGCCAGUGGGAUCAGCGCAUGCGCGCAGGUGAAGCGGCGUGGGGGUGCCAAGGGGCUGGUGAGAGGGAGGGAGGUGAAGUUUCACGCCCCUGUGUCCCGGCUGGGGAUCCCGAGAGCGCUGGGUUCUAGUCCAGACCGGAAAAUGGGCUGUGAAUAAGUAGGAGAGAAGAGAGGAUGCCCUGAGGACCCCACAGGGGCGGGGACCCCCUCCUCUUCGCCCCAUCUUUUCCCGGGUGGCCCGCAGCCACCGUCGUCCACGGGCAGAGGCGCCGACCCACGGCGGCUGGCUGGAGCAAUGGUGCCACCUCGUGGUGAGCGUGGGAACGAUCCGCGGAGUCACGGCGGGGACCCCAGCCUUGAGGAGGUGCUUUUGGAGGCUGGGGUGGCGAUUCAGCACCCGGGUGAGCCGGACAGCGCCUCCGCCCCUGGCCUUUGAACCCUGCUCCCGAGCUCCUAUGAAGAGGUUUUUGGGUUUUUUUUUUUUUGGCCCAUCCUGGAGCAACUCCGAAUGUCUCCGGACCACUCCUGACAUCCCCACGGGGCCUCCAGUUUGCAGAGCUGGUAUUCGAGGAGGCCCUGCUCUCCGCUCGGCACGCACCUCUUCCCUCUCGGUGGCAGAGCGCUAGGCGGUUCGGGGCUGCAGAGAGGACGGCCCCGCGUGUGAUUGCUCACACCACCUUCCCAGGGGCCGGGUAGUGUCACUAGAGGGGGGGGGCCCGCAGGAGCGCUGGAAACACAACAGCGCCGCGGAGCUCCGGGCGGCGCGCUCGCGCUCCCAGAAGCUGCCUCAGCGGUCGCAUGGCCCCAAGGACUUCCUCCCCGACGGCUCGGAGGCCCAGGCCGAGCGGCUGCGCCUGUGUCGCCAGGAGCUGUGGCAGCUGCUGGCGGAGGAGCGCGUGGAGCGCCUGGGCAGCUUGGUGGCCGCCGAGUGGAGACCCGAAGAGGGCUUUGUGGAGUUGAAGUCUCCUGCGGGGAAAUUCUGGCAGACCAUGGGCUACUCCGAGCAAGGGCGGCAGCGGCUGCACCCUGAAGAGGCCUUGUAUCUGCUGGAGUGUGGCUCUAUUCAGCUCUUCUACCAAGACCUGCCACUGUCUAUCCAAGAGGCCUACCAGCUGCUGCUGACGGAGGACACCUUGAGUUUCCUACAUUAUCAGGUCUUCAGCCACCUGAAGAGACUAGGCUACGUGGUCCGUCGGUUCCAGCCAAGCUCCGUCGUGUCGCCUUACGAGAGGCAGCUUAACUUGGAUGGCUGUGCCCAGUGCCUGGAGGACGGGACUGGCAAGAGGAAGAGGAGCUCCAGCUGUCGGUCUGUUCAUAAGAAGGCUAAGGCUCUGCAGAACUCCCUGCCACCCGUGAGCCUGUCAGCCUCCAGCCCACCUGCCUGUGACCAGAAUAGCCAGGACCCAGAGAAGCCCCAGGAGUCAAGCCCCAGGAAGGACUCAGGACUCUCCUUUCAGCCUCUGGGGUCUCCAGAGCCUUGCCCUGCUCUGGCCAGGGAGGAUGUGGGGUGUGGCCAGGAGAAUGAUAAAAUCGAGAAUGGAGCCAAGGGGGCUCCUAAACUCCGCUGGAACUUUGAGCAGAUCUCCUUCCCCAACAUGGCUCCAGACAGCCGCCACACCCUCCUGCCUGCCCCAGCCCCAGAGCUGCUCCCGGCCAAUGUCAUUGGGCGAGGGACAGAUGCUGAGUCCUGGUGCCAAAAGCUGAACCAGCGGAAGGAGAAGCUUUCCCGGAGAGACCAGGACCAGCAAGCAGAGGCCCAGCAGUUCCGGGAGGAUGUGAAUGCGGAUCCUGAGGUGCGGAGCUGCUCCGGCUGGCGGGAGUACAAGGAGCUGCUGCAGAGGCGCCAGCUGCAGAAGAGCCAGCCCCGCCCCCCACACCUGUGGGGCCAGUCUGUCACUCCCUUGCUCAACCCUGAGAAAGCAGAUUCCCCAGCCACGGUCCUUCAACAUGUCUCUGUGCUGCAGACAACACACCUUGCUGAUGGAGCUUACCGGCUGCUGGAGAAGUCUAGAGGCUUGGAGAUCAGCUUCGAUGUUUACCAGGCUGACGCUGUGGCUACCUUCCGGAAAAACAACCCUGGCAAACCCUAUGUCCGAAUGUGCAUUAGUGGAUUUGAUGAGCCUGUCCCAGACCUCUGCAGCCUCAAGCGGUUGACCUACCAGAGUGGGGAUGUUCCCCUGAUCUUUGCCCUGGUGGAUCAUGGUGACAUCUCCUUCUAUAGCUUCAGAGACUUCACGCUGCCUGUGGAUCUGGAGCACUGAAUGUACAGCUCUGAGGAUGGGCUUUUUCUGGGGGACUUGGACUGCUCUCAGGGACCAUGUUAGCUGACUCCUGUACAGGACUCACCAGGAACUGUCUGGGCCAGUGUGGUCACGGCCCUGGGUAUCUGCUGUUUGUAGGGGAGUGAGGCCUUGCCCCGUUCCCUCUUGCCUGGCAGUGACCCCCUUGGAACUCAGGACUUGAUUUCAGAGGCCCGGGAGUUAGGGCAGAAGAGAGGACUCUGUGCCUUUAAACAGGGGGGUGCUUGCUUCGUGCCAUAAAGCCAAAGCCAUUAAAAAAAAUAUUUUCUGCUGUGA